AGCUAAGUCUCUACCAUGUCCGGACGCGGCAAGCAGGGCGGUAAGGCGCGCGCCAAAGCCAAGACCCGCUCGUCCCGGGCCGGCCUGCAGUUCCCCGUGGGCCGCGUGCACCGGCUGCUGCGCAAGGGCAACUACUCGGAGCUGGUGGGCGCCGGCGCCCCGGUCUGCCUGGCGGCCGUGCUGGAGUACCUGACGGCCGAGAUCCUGGAGCUGGCGGGCAACGCGCCCCGCGACAACAAGAAGACGCGCAUCAUCCCGCGCCACCUGCAGCUGGCCAUCCGCAACGACGAGGAGCUCAACAAGCUGCUGGGCCGCGUCACCAUCGCGCAGGGAGGUGUCCUGCCCAACAUCCAGGCGGUGCUGCUGCCCAAGAAGACCGAGAGCCACCACAAGGCCAAGGGAAAAUGAUCUAACAGCAGUCAGGACUAAGAGUUUUCGAAAACCAAAGGCUCUUUUCAGAGCCACCCA